GGCCGGGCAGCAGCUCCUUUAGACGUGCUCCAUUUCGACGCGCGUGGGAGCUUUUGUUUUCCGCGUCUCCAAAUAAAGUCGUAAGUUAGAAGUUUUAAAUAAUGACGUCGGAUUGUGAGGAAAAGCCUCCCGCAGCUUCGCCGUCAUGUUGACGUUUCAUGUCGUUACUACCAUGACAAUUGGGCUUCUUAAGAGCACACUGAAUCUGCCUCAGCAUCCGGAAGUUCUUGAACCUGCCCACGAACCCCUUAGGACAAUUGCUUUUGUGUGACCCCGUUCUCAUACUCUUAAAAUGUCAUCCGAAGCAUUUGCUGCGUUACGGAAAACCAGCGGCGAUGACCUUGGUAGACUUGCAGAAGAACAUUUCAAGCAUGAUUUAAAAGACGAGGAUCGUGACCUUGUCAAGAAGGCCGCCACGAAGAUCUCAACGCACACCCUCAUCGGAUCACUCCUAGGCGUCGGCCUCGGAGGUUUCCUCGCCUACCGACUUCGAGCGAACCGCAAGGCAUUCUACAAUGCGAUCCGCACCACCGAAAAGCCAACUCAUGUAAAAUUUGCGGAUGGACGAGAACAAGCUAUCCCGGACAUCACUCCCCUCAUGCAGCCCACGCCGCUUGGAGAUGCCCUCACUUACACUUUCUUCGGUAUUGCUGGACUGUUUAUUGGUGGUGAGACUGGUCUGUUGACGGGUACAUGGUCGGCACGAAGGACGAUUACCAGCAACCCGGAUGUGCGCGGCCGAGUGGAGAAGGCUUUCAGGUCAUUCAGAGCAGACGUCCUGAGAAAGCAAAUCGAAGAGCUGGAAGGGGAGAAUAAGAAGGAUAGUCUGCUUUGGGGAUGAGUGUGCCAGCGUGACCCAACGAUUUGGGGACCCAAAAGCUCUAGCAAUAUGAGACGGGUCGGUGUCAACUCUUCGCGCCUAUU